AUGGUUAGCCGAAGAAAAACAUUAGUUAAUUUCAAGCAUCAAACAAGUGGAAAUCAUCAUUAUAGUUGCAGUAGCAAUAGCAGUACUUGCAGUAUUUUAAAUAACUCAAAUCACAAUGUUUUGGACGGCAGUCGCAUCAUCCACGUUAGCUUCAACAUCAGCUGCUGGCUCCGAGCAUGCAGCGGCCAUGGCCAGUGCGUCGCCCAACUAUCAGCAGCAGCAUAUUAAACCGUUCCCACGCUCCUCAACGUUGGCCAAAACAAACAGCUGGCAGAUUAGCCAUGCAGCAUUUAAAACGCGUCAGCAAAAGCAGCAAUUCCAAUUGCAAAUGCAAAUGGAGUUGGAGCAAGUAGACGAGGAGCAUCAUCAUCUCCAUCACCAUAUUCAUCAUCAGAACCAGCACCAGCACCAACACCAGCACCAAGUGGAUAAUAUUGGUGUCGACGACAAGAAGAAAGAACAAAAACAAAAGCCCCUCAAUAACAAUAAAAAGAAAAUCAGUCCAAAAAGUGAAAGUAAAAUAUUGAAAGCUUUUACCUCAUGCAAAUGCACACAGAGAGAGCAAAAAGAGUUAAACUAGAGCACAGCUGAACAAAAUAAAAAUAAAAAUAAUAAAAAAGAGACACAAAG